CAACUUUAGUAUUCAGUCCAGCGUCUCAGCGCUCAGCAUUCCAGCACUCCAGCAUCGUACAUUAUAAGCAACCGCUAUAUCCUAUUCUUUGAUCCCCAAUAGAGUCCAAUUGCGAUUAUUUUGAUAUCCCUCUGGGUCCAGGUCGCAUUCCAAGUUCGCUCAAUCAUGUCUCUGCCACCAUCAGUUAUUCAUAUCAAGAGGAAAGCCACGGAUUUACCCCAGGACUUUCUUCGUGAGUCGAAUAAGAACUUGAUCUCCUCAAACAAUCAACAGUCUAAUCUUUAUAGGUGUUGAUGAUGCUGUUACAAAACGACAACGUAGGACAACCGAUUUUGUUUACUCCAGACAACAAACUCCACAAGUCGAAAGUACCCCUUCAACUCCUCAAUCAGCUCCACCAGGACGACGCAUUAAACCACUACAUCGUUCUACAAGCUCUCGUUCUUUGGCUAUCAGAACACAAGGAAAGAGUGAAGGGAAUGGAAAUAUUGAACCAAUAAAUGAAAUUAAUAACGAAAAUCAAGUCCUCAAAACUCAACCUCCGCUGGCCAAUAUUACUACAAAACAAAAUGCAGAAGUAGACCAUUCCCCAGGUGGCGUUCGACCUUCAAGUAGUGGGCGUCCAUCGAGUAGUGGAAGUACGAAGAAACCAGUUCAGCAGAGACGAUUUCAUCUAUCGAGAAGUGCAACACCGGCAAUAUCUGCAAGUCCAGGCGUACGAAAGCGCAAUGCUACCGUUUUCAUUGAACGUCGUGUGCGACAAAAGACACAGGAAGAGAGAUGGACAUCUGUGGCCAACGCUGCUAUUGAAUCAGAGAAUAUUGCUACCGAAAAACAAGAACAGGAGGAAAAGCCUCGAAAAAAGCCAGGCCGAGGUUCGAGAGUGCAAGUAGCAUCUACAAAAGACAAGAAAGAUGCCAAGGAAAUCAUUGCACCUCAGUCAAAACCACCUUCCGCGUUAGUCAAUCCUUGGGGUCUUGAUACAGAUGAUUUAGCUGCACAGAUGCAAGCUUAUACACUACAAGAAAUUGGUCGUAGUAUUGCAGAAUCCAAGGCAGAAGAACCUACACCAUCUUCACCAGUCCAAUCUUUCCGCAAACCAGCAUCAUCUAGAUUCAAGCCAAAGAAACCGGCUUUGCGCUACAAGGAACGUCAUCCAGAGGAAAAUGCUAUGGAUGUUGACCAGGAUCAAAUGUCUGGAGUUGAGACUGAAGACGAUAUGGAUACGGAUACAGAAUAUAUCAUUGAGACAUAUCAUCGUGUUCCUGCUGAAGAUAUCGAUAAUGAAGAUAACAAGAUCAAUUUCGGUAUCCUCGUACUUGAUGCACAAUCAGACAUUGAUGAAUUUUAUCAAGAAUGGGAUACAGAUGAGGAGGUAGAAGAUGAAGCAGAAGAAGAUGAGAAUGGUUCGUAUUUCUUUUUGAAUCCCUUUAAUCCUUGACCCUUCUUAGACAUGAUAUUAACCUAUACCAAAGAUGAAAAUUACUACACAGCCGAUUACCCGGAUGCAGAGGUCGAUUCGGAUGAUGAGUAUAAUAGAAAUGCAUAUGCAUAUCGUACACGCAAUGCGUCGGAUCUUGAAGAGUUUGAUGAGGAUGAUAGUGAACAAGAUGAAAUGGGGUUCAGUGAUGAUGAAACUGAUAAGUUAAAAUAUCCAUGGCAAAAAGUUACGGCACAUGAACGAAGGAAUCAAAUGAAUCGAUAUGCGAGUGGAGAUGAUGAUGAUGAAGAUAUGGAGUAAAAGUACGAUGAGAGGCUGGUUCCAAGGGGGUUAAUAGGUGGUUGUGAGUUUUGAAGGAGAUGUAAUAGGAUAUAUGAAAUAGAGUUGAUUUUAUACUGUAUGCUGGUAUUUACUCUAUACUUAUUUCAUAGUCUACUUUUUAAUAGUGAAAGAAUAAUAAUAAGAGAGAAAGACUAUUUA